GGUGUUGUUCAACGUUGCAAUUGGGGUUGCACUUGAAAUCGAUAGAGGUAGAUGCAUACUCGCAGGUUUAGAUUCACGUUGUAUCUCCUGCUCAAUUAAUGCCUGCACAAAGGAAUCGAAGAUGAUAAACGCCGUGUUGGUCUUCAACGGCCAAGGCCAGCCUCGUUUGACCAAGUUCUACACACAGCUGGAAACUAGCAUUCAGCAACGCCUAAUAUCCGAAAUCUUUACCCUCGUUUCGAAUCGCCCUGAUGGCGCAUGUAACUUCCUACCUCUACCUCCUGUCCUCGCGGCAUCCGGAACCUCUCACUCCUCCUCCGAGCCGCACAAUGACGUCCCAUCACUUGUUACCUACCGCCAUUAUGCGACCCUCUAUUUCAUCGUAAUCUCCACCUCGACCGAGUCACCGCUUGCGCUGCUUGACUUGAUCCAAGUCUACGUCGAGUCGCUCGACAAGCUGUUCGAGAACGUAUGCGAGUUGGACCUCAUCUUCAACUUCGAGACGUUGCACGCAGCACUGAGCGAAAUGAUCGUGGGCGGCGUGGUAAUAGAAACCAAUCUGGAUCGCAUCGUCUCGGGGGUCAGGGCGCAAGGCACAGUCGCCAAGAGACCGGUCAACGAAUCUAGGGGUGCAGGACUCGGCGCCGGACUGGGCAUGGGCGGCAACUUUGUUUGGCCAGGUCGUUAAUGGGGUCGACAUGCCACUGGAAGCAUGGACGGUGUAUGGAGUUACGGUCACUCGAUGGACGAAGGGCAUCGUCCGAGAGAGGAGCAUUAUCUUUGG